AUGGACAUUACCCAAACCAACGUCAUGGAUGGAGGACCUGCAUGCCAAGCCGGCUGUAUAGCACGAGAACGCCUCCAAGGUAUUCGCGAUGCCACUUCCUUCUGUCACCAGAUCUAUGGCAGAGAUUGGAUGAGACGUACUUUCUCCAAAUUGAAAUCACUUUGUGCGAUCAGCAACGGCUCUUAUGGACGAGGGGCAAGUCCCUCGAACCAAGCACAGUCUGCUGACGCUCGUGAUGAAUGCAAAAAUGUAAUUUUUCCGGCAAGACCUGAAUUUCUCUUCCUUGGCUGGGAAGAAGCGGAGAUCCGAGCCAAACAGCUCAAACGCAUUGUUGUCGACGCUGCAUUUGUGGAAGCUUUACGCGACCGCGACGCGGUGCUCGAGUGCCUACAAGAACUUUACAUGCCUGUCUUCGCAAAUGUCAUUGAGGGUAGUGACAUAGAGACCAUAUCGGCGGAAGAUCAGGGUGAGGUUCCCUGGGUGUAUUUCCGCCUUUGCUUACCCCUGGACGAUAUUUUCGCGAUGCUAUGA